AUGCUAUUGUGGGCCUGUCCUGACCCUGUUCACAGUGAGUUCAGUUCCUUGGGGCCUGUGAAUGUGAGUGACAAAAUCACAUUUAAGUGCAAUCUGCUCAUGGGAGGCAGUUGGACUCAGUGCCUAGAGGACCACAUCUGGGCACCUCCCUUUCCCAUCUGCAAAGUGGUACAGAGAAACAACUGUGAUGGUGGUCCUCCUGGGAACCCAGCUCAAGACUAUUUUGCAGGAAAAGUUUUAAACUCAGGAUGUAUUACUUAUUACUGUGAACAGGGAUAUCACUCAGUGAACACCCAGCAGCAGUGCAUUGAUGGGGAAUGGAGCAGUGCGCUUUCGGUUUGUGAGGAGAUCAGGGAAGUUCCCAAACCAGCUCCAUAAACUGAGCUUGAGGAGGCACUUGUAAGCUUUCAGGAGAGUAAAAACCUUUGCAAAGCCACAGGGAACAUUAUGCCAAGAUUAAAGGAAAGUGUACUAACAAUGGAGGUGUUAAAAUAUUCUCUGGAGAUGAAGAAAGCUGGAUUGAAGGCAAAAAUGUUGCCCAACAUUUUAGUUGAGCAGGUCUGGUGA